CGCCCUCGCGUCCCUCCUGCUGGCCGCCAGCCGGCGACGGCGGGCCUGCCCCGACCUCCGGGCUGCGUCCCCAUCUCUGCCCGCCGCAGGCCUUGACCCUGCCCCCAGGUUUCCCUUGAUGACGAGCACACAUCCCCUUUCCUGCCAGAAGACCUUGUGCAGGAGCCGUGGCCAUGGCAUCCACGCCGGACCCCGUGACCUUCCGCGAGUUCUGCCCGCUGUACCAUCUCCUCAAUGCCAUCCCUGCCAAGGUGCAGAAGGGCUUCCGCUCCCUGGUGGUGUACCUCACGGCACUUGAUGCCAAUGGGGACUACAUCGCUGUGGGCAGCAGCAUCGGCAUGCUGUACCUGUACUGCCGCCGCCUCAGCCACAUGCGAAAGUACAACUUUGAGGGGAAGACGGAGCCCAUCACUGUAGUGAAGCUGUUGAGCUGCUUUGAUGACCUGGUGGCCGCAGGCACAGCCUCGGGGAGGGUCGCUGUUUUCCAGCUGGUGUCCUCACUGCCAGGGAGGAACAAACAGCUUCGGAGAUUUGAUGUCACCGGGGUUCAUAGAACUAGCAUCACAGCGCUGGCCUGGAGCCCCAACGGGAUGAAGUUGUUCUCAGGGGACGACAGAGGGAAGAUCGUGUACUCCAUUCUGGAUCUCGACCAGGGGCUCUGCAGCUCGCUGCUAGUGCUGGAGGAGCCGGCGUCCAUCGUGCAGCUGGAUUACAGCCAGAAGGUGCUGCUGGUGUCCACCCUGCAGAGAAGCCUGCUCUUCUACACUGAGGAAAAGUCUGUCCAGCAGAUUGGGACUCAGGCAAGGAAGAGUACUGGGAAAUUUGGUGCUUGUUUUAUACCAGGACUGUGCAAGCAGAGCGACCUCACCCUGUAUGCAGCCCGGCCUGGGCUUCGGCUGUGGAAGGCCGACGUGCGAGGCUCAGUGCAGGCCACCUUCAUCCUCAAGGACGUCUUUGCCGGUGGGGUCACGCCCUUCGAGCUGUACCCACGUGUGGAUCCCACAGACCGGGGUGGCUGUGGCUCUCCUGAGAAGCACCUGGGGCUGGUGUCCUGCUUCUUCCGGGAAGGCUGGGUGCUGAGCUGGAACGAGUACAGCAUCUACCUUCUGGACACCGUGAGCCAGGCCACCAUUGCUGGUUUGGAAGGAUCGGGUGAUAUUGUGUCUGUUUCCUGCACAGAAAAUGAAAUAUUUUUCUUGAAGGGAGACCGGAACAUCAUUAGGAUUUCCAGCAGGCCCGAGGGACUGGCGUCAGUAGCUAGAGACAGUCUGGAGGUCGUGAGAUGUCCCGAAUACAUCCCUGUGGAGUGUCCGGAGAAGCCCCCUGGAGUCAGCACUGCAGGGACCAGGCUUAGGGCCUCCUCGGUGGCCAGUUCGGUGGCCAGCUCAGCAGCCAGCAAGCCCCGGAGCCGGAGCAGCUCGCUCACCUCCACCGACAGUGGCUCCAGUCUGCUGCUGCCCACACCUCCAGGCGGCCUGGAGCCCAGCAAAGGCGGACAGCCCCCCUCGCAGCGAUUCAGGGCCAUCAGUUCAGAGGACUUCGAGCAGGAGCUCAUCGUGAAGCCCAUCAGGGUGAGGAGGAAGAAGAAGAAGAAGACAGAAGGUGGAGGCAGCCACACCUGUGCGAGCUCCCUGGAGCCAACACCCUGCUCCGAGUUCCCCGGCAGCAGCCCCCGCUCCCUGAGCACGGAGCAGCUGUCCAUGACCUCGGGAGUCCCGGGCAGCAGUGUGGACCAGCUGAGCACGGAGUCACCUGCCGGCGAGAGCAGCCUCGGGGGCAGCGAGGUGAAUGGCGUCUUGCUGGAGAGUAACGACCCGGAAACAUUUAGCAUCGUGGAGGCACCUGAGUCUGCCCCCAACAUCCUGGACAAAGAAGCCGAUGCUGCCUCUCAAGCUCCACAGGGUCACCUAGCAUUGGAACCGGAGCUGCUCCCAAGGGACAGUGUGGAAGGUGACGAUGACAGGGGACUCAUAGAGCUGCCCACUUCUGUGAACGUUGACCCUGGCAAGAGACGUGUGUCCCACCCAGGCCAGGAUGGUGCUGCUGAGGCCCCCAAGGGGGAGGACAUGGAGGCCAAGGGCUCUCAGGGCCCUUCUCCAGAGCCCCUGCUCCUGGACUCCCUCACAGUGCCUCCCAGCGUCAGCAGGACCUCAAGGGCAGUGCAGUGGCUGCCUGUAGUCAGGGCUGCUGAGGGGAGCACUCAGCAGAUCUGUGAAGACCAGGGUAUCCCCAGGCUCCUCUGUGCAGAACCCUGGGCUGCUGCUGUCACUGACUAUGACUCAGGACAGAAGGAAAUACCCAUGUCUGAAAGUGACCUGAACAGUGGAAACAGACAGACAACUCCUCUCCUGACCACUUCUGCAGCUGGCACCCAGGAGCCUUGGCUUGAGCCACCAUCCCGGGACCCAGUGCUGACCUCCAGUGACGAGGAAGACAUCUACGCCCAUGGGCUGCCGUCUUCAUCCUCAGAGACAAGUGUCACAGAGCUCCGAGCCGGGCACUCUGUGCAGGACCUGAGCCAGCCUGGGAUGGAUGACCCCACCCUGCUCAAGUUGGAUCAGUUUGCAGAGAGCUGGAUGGGCUACUCAGGCCCUGGCUACGGCAUCCUCAGCCUGGUGGUGUCCGAGAAGUACGUCUGGUGCCUGGACUACAAGGGCGGCCUGUUCUGCAGUGCACUGCCAGGAGCCGGGCUCCGCUGGCAAAAGUUCGAAGAUGCCGUCCAGCAGGUGGCAGUGUCACCCUCAGGAGCCCUGCUCUGGAAGAUUGAGCAGAAGUCCAAUCGUGCUUUUGCGUGUGGGAAAGUCACCAUCAAGGGCAAGCGGCACUGGUAUGAAGCGCUGCCCCAGGCUGUGUUUGUGGCCUUGAGCGAUGACACGGCCUGGAUCAUCAGGACCAACGGCGACCUGUACCUGCAGACCGGCCUCAGCGUGGACCGCCCCUGUGCCCGGGCCGUGAAGGUCGACUGCCCCUACCCACUGUCCCAGAUCGCUACCCGGAACUGCGUGGUGUGGGCGCUGACAGAGCAGAGGGCCCUGCUGUACCGUGAGGGUGUGAGCAGUUUCUGCCCUGAGGGGGAGCAGUGGAAGUGUGACAUCAUCAGUGAAAAGCAAGCACUAGAACCUGUCUGUAUCACUCUCGGGGACCAGCACACUCUCUGGGCACUGGACGUCCGUGGGAAGCUGUGGUUCAGGACCGGUGUGGCGGCCAAGAAGCCCCAAGGGGAUGACGGUCACUGGUGGCAGGUGAGCAUCACAGACUACGUGGUGUUUGACCAGUGCAGCCUAUUCCAGACCAUCAUCCACGCCACGCACUCAGUGGCCACCGUAGCUCAAGCACCCGUGGAGAAGGUGGCAGACAAGCUGCGCACAGCAUUCUGGUCCCAGCAGCUUCAGUGCCAGCCCAGUCUGCUGGGGGUCAACAGCAGCGGCGUCUGGAUCUCCUCGGGCAAGAAUGAGUUCCACGUUGCCAAGGGAAGCCUCAUAGGCACUUACUGGAAUAAUGUGGUUCCCCGGGGGACUGCUUCCGCGACAAAAUGGGCCUUCGUGUUGGCUUCUGCAGCUCCCACCAAGGAAGGGAGCUCCUUGUGGCUGUGUCAGAGCAGCAAGGACCUGUGCAGCUUGAGUGCCCAGCACGUGGAGUGCCGGCCAUCCACGGUGCAGCUGCCGCCCGAUGCCGAGAUGUGCGCCUACGCUGCCUGCCAGGACGCGCUGUGGGCCCUGGACAGCCUCGGGCAGGUGUUCAUCCGCACGCUGUCCAAGAGCUGCCCCACAGGCAUGCACUGGACAAAGCUGGACCUCUCGCAGCUAGGAGCCGUACAGCUGACCAGCCUGGCCUGUGGAAACCAGCAUGUCUGGGCCUGUGACUCCAGGGGUGGAGUCUACUUCCGGGUUGGAACCCAGCCCCUGAACCCCAGCCUAAUGCUCCCCGCCUGGAUCGCCAUCGAGCCACCAGUGCAGCCCACCGGGGUCACCCUGGUCAACGUCUACGCCAGUCCCGACGACCAGAUGCUGUGGGCUCUGGACAGCAGGUGGAAUGUGCAUGUGCGCACCGGGGUCACCGAGGAGAUGCCCGUUGGCACCGGCUGGGAACAUGUGCCGGGGUUGCAGGCCUGCCAGCUGGCACUGAGCACCAGAACCGUGUGGGCCCGCUGUCCCAAUGGUGACCUUGCCCGCCGCUAUGGGAUCACAGACAAAAACCCUGCUGGUGACUACUGGAAGAAAAUCCCUGGGAACGCGCUGUGUUUCACAGUAACCUCCUCAGAUGAGCUGUGGGCAGUUGGCCCCCCUGGCUGCCUCCUCCAGCGGCUGACAAGGACAUUCAGCCACACACACAGCACCCCAAGGAGUGGCCAGGCAGCCGCCCCGCACCCCGAGGACCUAGAGGACGAGUGGGAGGUCAUCUGAAGGACCAGGUGCCUGGGCCAGGAGGAGGCCCACCUCGGUGGCUCUGCAGGUCCACGGAAGCUGGCCUCUUGACCCUUGUCCAGACAUACCCGGCUGUGCCAACACCCACACUUAUCCUCUGUGUGUUCCUGUCCUGUUCCAGAGCUCGCAGCCUCAGCUGAGUGCCCAGAACUGUCCCGCAGCAGUAGCACCAAUGGCUGCUCCCAAGGUCGCCUCCAGGUGGGGAUAGGGUUGCUGCCUGGCUGCAAGGAAAAUGACCCCGUUGGUGGAAGGCACAGGCCCUCUUGGCAGGAGCCAGAGCCAGGAUGGGGACACCUGGGCAACAGUGCAGGUGGCAAGGGUGCGGCCACCAUUACACAUCCCUGUCCCUCCCGGAAACAUGGCACCUGGCUUCACUCCUUGCUGGGCUGGGCAGGACCAAGUCUUCCACAUCUGUGGCCCUGGGUUGUGUGCAAUGAGAACACAGUGCCACAGCUCUGUCGCCCGUCACCUCCCCAACACCAGGGCCACAGGUGCUGGGCCAAGAGCUGCUUACUAGCCAGCUGGCCGGCGAGCUGCGUGCUGCCGUGUGAGCGACCCUGAGCUGGUGCUGCUGUGGCCCUCACAUAGCCAGGCCCAGCCUGAGCAUGGCUCUGCUAAGUAUUGCCUUUGUGUUUGUUGUAGUACAAACCCUCUUGAGAUACCUCAUCUGAAAUCCGACCUUACAAAUUUAGAACAGAAACACAUGUGAAAACUGGGGGAGGCAUCUGCCCCCUUCCCAAGCUUUGUCCUGUACCUGACCCACUGUGGUCAUAGGGGCCCUUGGGUUCACACCCCAGCAGUGGAAGCCAGUCCUGCCGUGGACGGUGGCCAGGGCCCACCACCCGGGCUCUGAGGGUCGGCGGGGGCACUGCCCACUGGCACUGAGCUCCACACUGGGGCCAGGCCAGUCCUGGCUGCCACAGCUGCUUUUUUUAGCUGUCUCUAUCUGGUGACACAUGAUGCUUGUUUCUGCUGAGCAAGCCAUCAGAAGCCCCAGGCCACAGGUGACAGUAGUAAAAUACAGGGUGUGACAGGGACUGCAGCCACCAGGGAGAAGAUGAGGUGUGGGACCAGAUUUUCAUCCCACUUCAUCUUCCAGAACCUUCCUCGGUGAGCCUGGUGUCAGCGCUGUCUUGCCCAGCCUCACGGCGGCUGCACCCUCCCAACCUGGAACUUUAGUGCAGUGACGCCAAGUCCAGUGAAUUCUUCAGCUUCUACCGUCAGCGUGGUGUUCAGUUUUCUUUCUGGUUUUCACCUUCAUUUGUGCUUUGAGAUUGUGCAAUAAACUUGACUUUUUGCAAACCCGGGCAGGUCUGGCCCCAGAGCCAGAAGGCACCCUCAGUGGUGCCCCCGAGGACUAGGCUACAGAUCUGGGGACCUGGCUAGUGGUGAAAGCCAUGCUCCAUUUGCAUUUGCCCAGGCAUGGCCCCUGCUGGGCUGGACGCACCCACUCAGCAAGCACAGGCUGUCUCCUCACAAGAUGGAGCAGCUCUGGAGGUGCAGGUCCCCAGCCAACAAGCAAAACCUACACCAGAAGUGCAUUAUGGGAACUAACAUUUGAAAAAGGUUACCUCCAAAGUCCUGGAAAGCAACCUGAGCAAGAAACGUCAGAGAUAUUGUCAAGAGAUGGUGAAGUGGAGGAGACAUGAAGCCUGAGGAGCCAGGCAUGGUGGUCACACCUGCCAUCCCAGCACUCUGGGAGGCUGAGGCAGGAGGGUUGUAAAUCUGAGCUGGGUCUGGGCACAGCAAUAGUAAGUGGAUGAAGAGAGACUUCAGACUAGAGGAGGAAAGGCUGUCUGAAUCACAGAUGGCAAGAGCUUUCUAAACUCAAAAUUUUAGAGGGUAGUGGGGCUAGGGAUGGGGGGGGUGUUCAGCCCAAAGGCUGUGUGGGUUUGCUUCUCAGUACUGAAACGAAAGAAAGCAGACCUGAUUAAGAGGAUUUGCUUCACGUUCCAGGACCGAGUGAACAUGCAGCGUGGGGUGGCAAGACAUCGCCCUGGGGGGAUGCGCUGAGGGAGCUGGCUGCGCUCAGCGCCAGGGGCCUUGCAGCUUCGCCCCCCGCCCAGGGUCCACGCAGGUGGCCUGGGGCCCAAAGCUCCGCUCGGCAAAGCUGCAGGCCCGUGCUGCCGGGGGAGGCCUUACAGCCGUGGAGCACUGCUGAGAGCAGUGACGUGUGGCCCCAGACAGACGGAGCCGCAGCGGGCAGCUCAGCAGGGCACGCCUAAGCUGCAGCAGGCAGCAGGAGUCAGGUGUGGGCGCAGUGGCAGCCUCCCAGCUGCUGUGACUCCCCGUAGUUCUGGG